ACAUAACAUUAAGAAAAAAUCUGUUGUAAAAAAAAACAUUAAGAAAAAAUCAAUUUUUUUAUUAUAUGCUUAAUGUGAUUGUUUAUUUUUUAAUAAUAUAAAACUAAAUAAGAAAGAGAGAUGAUACUAAAAUUGUUAUCAAAUAUAUAUUAUAUAUAUGUUAAUCAUAUCAGGUAAUUCCAUAGCUUUUAUUUAAGGAAAGAAUUGAGAAUGUUCUUUUGUACAUUAAUAAUCAAUUAAAUAUUUAGUUUAAUAAGAAAAUAUAAUAUAUAUAUUAAUAUAUACCAAUUUAUUUUUUAAGGAUUCUAAGAAUCAUCCUAUUGGUGAAACGUGGUUAAGAAAACAUGUUGUAAUGUUCCAAGAUUAAUAUAAAGAGAUGUGAGAUAUAUAUAUAUAUAUAUAUAUAUUAUUUAUCAUGAAUUGCUUUUGAAAUCGAAAGUUAGAAAGUAUCUUCACAUAGUCACUUAAUAAAUAACUGCAAAACUAUGCAGAGGCAAAUUUAAUUUUUUUUAUUAAAUUGAUAAAUAUUAUAACUAGUGUAAAAUUUACAAAUUAUUGAUUACAGAAUAUAUAUUAUUCAAAAAAUAGUAUGGGAGCAUGUACGCUUUCUCUCGUUACUAGCUUCCCCUCUGAAACUAUGUGUUGGCUUUUUUUUUGGGAUCAAAUCAAUGUGUUUGGCUAUUCAGUUUAUAUUAUCUCCUUUAAAAAAAAGAAUCUGUUGGGUUAGUGGUUUGGCCUUUAAAAUUAGAACAAUUAUGCUUCUGAUUCGAUAUCCGUUGGAAUAUAUACUUUACGUCAUGACAUGAAGUAGUCCCAGAUCUAGGGAGAUAUUAGAAUUUGGCUCCAGUUCUUCCCAGUUAACCAAAAAAAAGGCAAGUACUGAACUUCUGAUUAUGAAAACUGUUGGCUAGCUAGGAAGUUUAACAUUUUAUACUUAUGCCAUGUUAGUAGCUAUCCUAAAACAACGUUGUGUAAAUAACCAAUACAUAGUUAUUAAUUGUGUUUAUAAUCUAUUCACGAGUUUGAUCUGGCGCUAGAGAUAUGACUAUCAAACUUGUUAUAAUUUCAUGGACCAAAUGCUACAUUUUGGAUUAAAAAGCUUGUAAUAUGAAUGUGAGAUAAGAUUAUAAAAAUAAGAAAAACUGAAAGUCUUCGAGUUGACUAAUUUUCUAAGAUCCGAUCCCAAGGCAAACUAUCUUGUUCUGGAUUUUUUUCGUACGAAUUUAUUAAUUGCAAAUCUCAAUUUCACGUUACAAAAAAACGAUAGAUUUAAUUAUUUAGCAGAGGGACAUACAUAAUACUAUAAUCCGAAAUUCUCGCCAUGAAAUUAUGGACCAACACGUACAAAAUUUAAAAAGAAACCAUCACAAGCCCGUCCUAUCGUAUAUCUCAUACAUGUUAAUAUACUAUUUCCAGUUCAAACCAGCAUCAACUGUAUAUCAACACACAAUAGAUCGGUGACUUUGGUUUAUGCUACACUGCACAUGUCUGCUAGAUAGGUCAGUUUGGAGCAUAUAGACAAAUAAAAUAUCGGCAUAUGUUUUCAAAAUUUUUAUGGGGUACAUAUAAACAUAAAAUCCAUAGUGUUAAAAAGUUUAUUUUAUUACUUUUUUAUAUAAAUUGUCUGUAGCCCAAAAACUUCAGGAUUGUUUUUUUUUUUAUAAAGUAAUGAGAUCUAGAAACAAUGGAUAAAAGAGUAGGGUUGAAUAUUUUAUCCGUUAAAUUUGUUUUGAUUCAUUAUUCGUUUCGAUUCGAUCUGAAAAAUCUGAAUAUCCGUAAGUUAAAAAUAAAUAUUAAAAAUCAAUAUCCACUAAAAACAAAUCAAAUAACAAACACUAAAAAUUUUGAAGUGGAAUAUCCGCUCAGCUUUGUUUUUAUAGAAAUACAAGUAUAUAUACAUUUAAAUAAAGAGUUGUAAAAGUAUAAUUUAUAAUUAUUAUUUUAACAUUUAAUAAUUUCAUGUAUAAAAUUACUUAUAAAAGUAUUAAAUUAAGAAAUAAAUAUAAAAUCUUUAUAAAAUUAUAAUGUUUUAAAAUUUUAUGUUUUAUAAAAUUUUAUGGAACACAAAGUUUCACUAAAUUUUACUUUUUACUUUAUAUUAUGUAAAAUAUAUUUUUGACAACAGACUUGUAUAUUUUUUUAAAGAUUUACUUGUAUUGAGUAAAUUGAACGAGAUGUUCGUAAAUAUCGGUAAAUAUCCGUAAAUAUUCGCAAUAUCUGUAAAUUAUUCGGAUAUCUUUAUUUUUCCAAAGCAAAACAAAUUCAAAAAAUUAGAUGUUCGUAAAAUAAGAAGCAAAUCACAGAUAUUUGAAAAUUAUGGUACUAUCCAUUAUACUAACUAAGUUUUCUGAGAAGUUGCACGAAGAUGUAAUUAAUAUCCUCACUGCCCUCGCAUGAGGGCUGCACGCCAAUACAAUUCCAUAGCACCAAACAAAAUUUGACUUCAAGAAUAUAUCCUCACCACCCUAGCACGUAUGAAGUUGAAAGUUUCAAGAAUCCUUCGAGAGGAAAAUUCAAGAUAAUAGACUCGUUAUUUAAUAAUCCAAUUCAUUAUUAUACUCUUGUACGUUUUGAACUAUGCAUUUAGUUUAAAACACAUCAUUAACAAGUUGAAAAGAUAUACAUACAUCGAUGGUCUUCUGUAUUUCACAUGGUAGCAUACACGUGACGGGAAAUUUCCUGGACCCUAAUGCCCAAAUAUUGAUAUUAUAACAAACUAACUUAUAAAGAAACUCCAUCGAAUGUAUCCAUGAUUCCAUUGGUAACUCCGGUUUAAUUACUUUUAAAGGCCAAACAAGUGCUUUAUUAGUGAAAAAGGAUUAGUUUUGUCUUAACGAUAAACUGAUUAUUUAAAAGAAAGUCAAAGCUAGCUUUAGAUGCGUACGAGAGUGAAUAAUACAAAUAGUAAACGAAGUUCUGAUCAGACAAUGGAAUUUGACUUUAGCACUUCAAACUUUUAGAACAAAUACAGAGGUCUGAAUUUCAUCUCUAUUAAUGGGCAUGGAUCUUUCUCUCAAGCUCGAGAAAGAGAAAGAUGAAGAAAGAUCAACACACAUCUGUGAGAGGAAAGAAUUAGAAGAAAAAGAAGAUGCUAGUGAAGAUAAAGAUGAAAAAAUGGUGAAAGAAGACGAAAUUGAAGAUUCUUGUUUAAGUUCAAGAACCCGACAAGAAGAAAAAGAACGUGAGGAGGUACUUAUGAUACGUCUAAAUAUACAUCAGAACAUUUUGUGUGAUAAUAUGUUAACAUCCAUGGAUGGAGAUCAGCUCUUGCAAAUGCAGAUCGAAAUGGAACAUGUGAAAGAAGAGAAUACGAGGUUGAGGAAGCUUGUAGAGCAAACCCUUCAAGAUUAUCGCCAGCUCGAGAUGAAAUUCCCGGUAAUCGAUCAAACCAACAACAUGUAUCUUGAAACGUUCCUUGGAGCACAAGCCAAAGAUCGGAAAAGAGGAGUGGAAAGAUAUGAUUCCCUGAAUUUGGUAGAGGGAGAAUUAGGGCUUUCACUUUCUUUGCAGAAAAAGCAGAAACAAGACGAGAACAAAGAACUUGAGUCUAAUAACACGCAAAGAUACAAUAGUAGCAACAAAGCCCAGGGACAAGAUAUGAACACGCAACGUGUCAUAAUGUCUUCUCCGGGUAAUAGAAAGACCAGGGUAUCUGUGAGAGCCAGAUGUGACACUCCAACGAUGAAUGAUGGAUGCCAAUGGAGAAAGUACGGUCAAAAAACCGCGAAAGGGAAUCCAUGUCCAAGAGCUUAUUACCGGUGCACCGUGGCUCCAGGAUGCCCCGUUAGGAAACAGGUGCAAAGGUGUUUAGAAGACAUGUCGAUAUUGAUAACAACAUACGAAGGGACACAUAACCAUCCACUUCCUGUCGGAGCAACAGCCAUGGCUUCCACUGCCUCCGCUUCUCCAUUCUUGCUACUGGAUUCUAGCGACAACCUCUCUCAUCCUUCCUAUUUGCAACAAAAUGGCAGCAACAAACAAUCAGUAAGAAGCUUGAUCAACUUUGAUGAUUCAUCAUUUAGAGGAGGUGACCAUGUUUCUUCUUCCCAAAACCGACUAAACUGGAUGAUGUAGAUUCUUAACAUCUAUCAUCACUUUCUUUUGGUCCCAUUAAUAUAAGUGAAGUCACCGUCAUGUAUUCUUGUAUUUUCUUGGGUCUUAUUUUUUAAACAAUUAUGUCUCGUAUAUACAAAACUGCGGUUGAAGAUUGUUUAGUUU